GUUAGUCAAGUUUUAGUCGACUAAACGUCUCGUCAUUUUAGUCUAGUUUUAGUCAAAAGAAAACUCAAGGUAACUUAGUCAAGUCUUAGUCGACUAAAAGUCUUUUAAUUUUAAUUUUAGUCUAGUUUUAGUCAAAAAAUUGUAGUCUUUUUUUUUUUAAAUAACACAUUAUUAACACAUUACUGAGAUUAUUACUGAUAAACAUUUCAGUAAAAAAAAAGUGUUUCACAUAUCUCAAACAUUGGUUAAAUGUCAUAAUUACCUGACAAAAUACACUUGUUGAAAGAUUUUUGUUGAAUGCAAAUGUUAAACGUGUCUGGUUUUCAAUUUUUGAUUUAGGAGACACACACAAAUGAUUAACCUGUUCUGAAGAGUAUUUUAUUUUAACCAACACAAUUCAAAAGCUAGCAUGUCGUCGUCGCUCGUCACUCGUGUUCGCUUUGGGUGUUGUGUGUUCAGCAGUUUCGUGUUGCAGCCACAGGCGUAUGAGACCUGUAAAGCCUCGCUUACACUGCAUGUGUGUGCGGCUCGUUACAGCUGCGACGCGGCUACCGGAGCUGAUACACGACCACUCUAGUCAAUGCUUGUGUUUAUGGCAAGCCAAAGUACUCACAAACGCCUGGUCGGACGUCUGAUUGCACACUGACUCGUCAAAAGCGCGCGUUUUGACAGCAAAACGCGCGUCCUCGACGUGUGAUUUGCGUUAAGAACACGCGUUCUUAACGCGCGCUUUGGUAUCAUGGGAAACGCGCGUCAAGAACGCGCGUUUUUGUGUGCCAAAACGCGCGUUCUCGGCGUGUGAUUUGCUAUUAAAACGCGCGUUCUUGACGUGCGCUUUGGAGUGAUCAAAAACGCGCGCUUUUGACGUGCGUUUAUCAUAACAAAAAUGGGCGUCGAAUACGUGCGUUUUGAGUCAGACAAAACGCUCGUUAUGAACGUGUAAACGGGUAAACCAAACAGGCAGUGCAAACGUGUGUUUAAAGUGUCCAUCAGGCGAAGAGAACGCGCUCUUUCCUUAGAGUUCUCAAAAGUGCAUGUCGAAAGCGUGUGCUCACUCUUUAGGGCUUUGAGUCUGUUAUGUUUUUGUCCGCUAUAGGUUUAGGACAGUAUUAUCAUUAAACUCAACCAAAACAACUUGGAAUUGUCGAGGAUAAAUUUGGCAGAUGAUUAUAAUGGUUGAGUUAUAAUCCAGAAUAAUUAAUAUGAAAUAUGCAUAUGAAAACGUAAAACUAUUAUUUAAAAUAGCCGUGGGGGGAUGACAGUGGAUAUACCUUCGAUCAAGGCCAAAACUUUGUAAAUUUGUAAGGAGCCAAUAAAAUACUACACCAUAUGUGUGAUCAUCUUGGCUAUAUAUUACGGUGGCGUAUUGCCUCAUACAUAAUAUUUUUUUCCCCUCAAUUAUGUCGUUAAGACAUCUUUUCUCGUAAUAACGAGAAUUUAUGUUGUUAAGACAUCUUUUCUCGUAAUAACGAGAUGUUAUGUCGUUAAAACGACAUUUUGUUGGCAUAUAUGACGUGAAUGUAUAGGCUAUACCUUUAUCUGAUCUAUAAUAGAGAAUUUAUCAUGCCUUUAUCACACUUCCGCACUCGAAAAGCAGAAGCAAAUAUAGUGUAAAAUACCUUUAGAUGCCUGUAUCGAUGGCAAUGCCCAUAGAGUAAUGAACACAAUAUUAUUGUUUUAUUGGCGUGUAGCCUAUGCAGUUUCUAAUAGCCUAAUAAAACACAGUUUUAUUAUUUAGCAUUACUUACUUUCUGGAAAAUAACUCGCACCUGAUUAUGCCACAUGCACCAAGUCAAGUUUUUGAGAGAAAAAAAUUAUCAUUGGUGUUUCAGUCGCAUUUUAUUAUAGGUCUAUUCAAAAAUAAUUUUGCUAAAAUAAACAGGCCUGCGCUACGGAUACAACAAUAAUGCUAUAUUGUCAUAGAUCUAUUCAAAAUAAAACUGAUGAAUGAAAGUGGAGACAAUAGUCUACCUCAAAAAAGGUCUACAUUACUUUUUCAACAUUUGUGUCAUUAUUCUUAAAAGUAGCCUAAUGUAAAUUAUGUUUGCAGCUGUAGGUUUAUUGGCCUCGAUGAGUCUGAGAUUCCCGGUCAGAGAUUGUGUCUUAGACGGCAUUAAAUAAUUCGUGAAUAUUUGUAAAUAUUCGUGGCUUAAACAGCUGGAAAAAUUCCUGUAUAGGUAUACUGCAGUUCUGUGGAUGUUUUGCCUUGGCAAGGUUAUUAGCCUAUAGUUAACUAAAAAAACUAUUCAAAACAUUUAUGCUAAUCGAAAUAAACCUGAAAUAUAACAAAAUAUAGCCUAAAUAUUAGUUGAAAAUUAUAUUUUCAAUAUAAUUUCCUUUCCCCAACGACCUUCAACCGACGCGAUCCUUUCAUUAACCGACAAGAUUAUGUUAAAUUAGAACUAAAUGAAAUUAGAAUGAGGAAAAAAAAAAUCCCAUGGCUUUAGUUUUAGCCGAGGCUAUAUAGGAGAAACAACAAAACAUGAGGAUUCAUUGCAUCACCACCCGCUUCGAAUGUUAUCACUCGAUUGAAUGGGCGUUAUCAGUGGUUAUCAGCUCAUAGAUAUGGGCCAGAAGGGGCCUGCUGCGCCUACUGGUAGGCUCAGAUGGCUGUUAUCAUCCAUCUACAUGGUUAAUCACCGAUACAAAUACAAGAGACGAUUCCAGAUCCAAUCAGAUCGGAAGUUCACUGGAUGACGCGGCAUCGUUGCGGUAUUUCCCGCCGGUUGAUAUUUUUCAGAUAUGGGAAAAGCACGUUUGAGGAGUGUAAAGAUUAAGGUGGUGAGGAGGUGUAUCACUGGCCCUGCAAAGGUUUCGUACCUUAGUCAUUGUCUUCCCCAGCCCAACUCCAAACAGACUUCCAAACCUUGCAUGUCUAUUACACCUCAACAGGCUGAACAUGAUGAUGUGGCACCGAGUUCAUGUUCUGAGACUGCAUACAGUAAGGCAAAGAAGAGAGAGCUUCAUGCCUGGGAUGCAGUCAAGGAUGACAUGCUUAAAGUGUCUUUUGAAUGUUCAGCACCAUUCACUACCCAGUGUGUUGUCUGCCUAGAACAGGCUGAUUAUAGGUGCAUUGAGUGCAGCACCACUGCAGUGUUUUGUGGGGCUUGUCUGAAGAAGACUCACAGAAAUUCACUGCAUCUUCCUGAUAAGUGGAAUAAUGCCUACUAUGAGCCAUCCUCCCUGGGGUUAUUCCUAUAUUUACCUGAAGGCCAUGGCACCCAUGCUGUGUAUACAAAGGACAUGAAGGUCAUUGUCAGUACAGGACGGCUCUGCACCGUCACAGUCAAUAUGUGUGCGUGUGAACCAGAAACCUGCACUCUGCUAAGGUAUGGGCUCUGGCCAGCAUCAGCCGACAAGCCCCAGACAGCCUUCUCCAUCCCUCUGCUAGAGCUUUUUGUUUGUCUGUCACUGGAGUGUCAGGUUUCUGUUGAGGGUUUUUGCAACACCCUGCGCUGGAAAAAUAACCUCACACUUGCAGAGGUUAACACACUCUACAGAGCCCUGGUGGGAGAAUCCAUAUCCCAUUUUAGGCAUCACCACUUCCGACAAAGAAGUUUGGUAGAUAUUUGCCCUCAAUUAGAUGAUGGGACCAUAUGCCCAGCAUGUCCAAAGGCGGAUGGAGAUAUGAUUGUGACAUUGGAUGCCAACUUUGGCCUUGUGAGGAAGCAAAGCUCAGGUACAAGUGUGGUUGAGCCAUUACAUGGAACCCGCAUGUUUGUUGAUGAAAAGGAUGUAGAAGAAUACCUGCUAUCACAUCUUGACAGCUCAAAGCCUCACGAGGACUGCAGUAACUUCAAGGCUGGCAACAUGCUGAGGUCACAAAAACAAGCAAAGAAACUUGAUGUUACAGGAGUGUUUGGAGCUUCUUGUCGUCAUGAAAUGCCCCUAAUGUUUGUCAACAUGAGCCAAGGAGAACGAUUAGCCUAUCCCCUGUAUGUCAUCGAUGAGCUACUUCGAAGAUGUGAGGACAAGAACAUACACCUGCGAGUAGUCUAUGACAUUGCCUGUGUUGUUGCCUCACAUUUGCAUAAAUCAGGGGAGGGCAUACCACACAACAUCUCCUUGGCUGUACCAGCAUUUCACGUUUAUGGACACAAAUUGCCCUGCCAGAUCAAGUACAGCACCAGGCGGCUUGAUGGGUUUGGGCUCACAGACGGGGAAGGAAUGGAAAGGCUGUGGUCUUUCCUCCGAAGAUUUGCCAGAGUCACAAAGGAGAUGACACCAUCUCACCGCCUUGACCUGUUGACUGAUGCCCUUUUGCAUUAUGGACGGAGGAAAUCAACUGACCUAGAGAUGCAGCUCCUGCAAAGACUAGACAAAGCAGAGAAAAUAUCGAUUCUCGCUCAAGAAGACAUCUCAUCUGUCAUCAGAGAAGCACCAGUGUUGGUUUCUGAGGAAGACAUGGAGAAAUGGAAGAAAAGGGAGAUGGAGCUAGCCCAACAGAAACAAAAACCAAUAAACACUGUCUGUAGAUGGAAAAGGGACUACAUCAUCAAGCUGAUUCAGUUCUACAAGUUCAAAUCUGGGACUCGUGAGCCAUACAUGGAGUGUGAAACAGAAAUUGAGGACUCUCUGCUGAACAUGGAGAAAAAACACCGGAUUGGGAGAAGAUGGCAAGAAUCUGAUUCAGACUUCCAGUCUACCCUUAAAGAUGUUGACUGUGAGCUCAGAGGUCAGCUGAUCUGCAAGGCUAGAACUGAAUCAAGGGAGAGAGCAGUCCUCCUCCAUCUGAAAAGAAAAUAUCCAGAUGGGCAGGGCAUUGCCAUUAGACUGUCCAAGCAGGUAGCCAGCUCCAACAAGAGACUGAGACAGGCAAUAAAAGAAUACAACAGCAUUCAGUGGCCACCGCAGAUGAGCAUCUUCCCUGCAACAAUUGAUUUUCAGGAAGCAUGUGAUCCCUCUUGGCAUGUCUACUUCUGCUUUGAUGACACUAUUGAAGAAGAUAAUGUUUCGAGGAGUCUAAAAAGGCGAGGGAUUGAUGCCUUACAUAUGAAGACACGAGCAGCUGAGGAAAAGCACAUGCUUUACCAGGAAAUGAGAACUAUAGCUGAACACCUCCAUCAGCAGCAUGCCAUUCUGUGCUCUGCCAUCAAAGACACAGAUCAGCCUGGAGCAAAAGCUGCUCUCAUCCAACGUCUCCAUCAGCUGGAAAGAAAACGACAUCAAGCCACUGUGAUGUUUCACCCACAUGUACCAGACAUUGUUCCUGCAGACAACCCCUACUUGUUUCAGGCCCUCCCCAUGUCAAGCAUACAGACACUGGUAUACAAUGAUGAUGGUGAUAAUGAUGACAGUGAGGAUGAUAAUGAGGAUGACAAUGAUAACUAGGACUGUAAGCACUGGUAUGACAGGACAGGGCCUGUAUUUACAAAGAUUCUCAGAGUAGAAGUCCCAACUGUCCUAAAAUCUGCAGACUGAAUAUUCAAACCUGUUUUUAGGCUGAGGUGCACAACAAGCACUUCAUAAACUUUUUUGAAUCCAAAGAAAUUAUUCUGAUCUCUGUUAACAGUCCAGUUUUGUCUGAUAUCAUUAUAUUAUAUGAAAAAAGAAUGAUGUCUUAAAGUGUAAAUACAAAGUGGUAAAUAUAUAUGUUGCUGCAGAUCAUAGAAACCUUUCAUGGUGGAGGAAUAUGAUUACUGCCUGCCUUGUGCAGAUGUGUUGUUUUACUAGGUCUGAUCUAUUUUAAAACUUGGGUACUGUAUUUAAGCACAGAUAUUGCCACUAGUCUGUGUGAGUACAAAAUAGUUUUUACCAUAUUGUGAUAUUAAUUAUUUACUGUAAUGUACAAAUGUGUUCAGUGUUUGAGAGCUGUGUUGUUUUUGUGAGCUCACCAAACCAAAUCCCCUUCGACUGAGUUGAAAUGACAAUAAAGAAUUGAAUCUUGAAUCCUCUGAAACAACUAUAAGUUUGCAAAAAUAAAAGGGAACAUGCAGGUGUA